CACUCCCCUGUACUUGACAGGUAAAUAACAGUAAACAUUCCAGUUAAUGGGCCAUCGUGUUGGAAAAAUAGUCUUCAAGGGUUGUGUAAGACAAUCAGCUGUAAGAUCGUCAAUAACGUCCAGUGCCAAAGUGAACACAAAAGGUCGUACAGCAAGUCAGCCACCAACAUAUCUCAGCCAACCACAACAGCAAAUUUCAUGUGCUAGAAACUUAAGUACAAAACAAUUCAUAAUGAGUUUACAUAUGAAAGCUAGAUGUAAAAUUUAUCCUCGAGAAAAAGAGGUUUUUCGAUGUCCAGUUCCUGAUGAUAAAGUGCCAUGGAGUGUUGAUUUUCUAGACUAUGAACCUGUAAACUUCACAAGUAAGAGUGUAUUAUCACAGCCUGUGUGGGCAGACCCUCCAGAUCCAAGUGAAAUUCAGGCUUUCAAUACAGUGGAUACAUCAUGCAAUGUGAAUAGAAAAACUUACGAGGGAAAGGGCUAUGAGGUGGUUGAUGGAUAUCCAAGAAAUCCUCGAGGUCGCACAGGCGUUACUGGGCGUGGAUGUCUUGGACGUUGGGGACCAAAUCAUGCUGCAGAUCCCAUUGUAACUAGAUGGAAGAGGGAUGAGAAUAAUGAAAUUGUGAUCGGAGGUGACGGGAAACCUGUCCUUCAGUUUGUGUCCGUACAGAGAAGGGACAAUGGUGAAUGGGCUUUACCAGGGGGAAUGGUUGAUCCCGGUGAGAACAGAACGGCGACCUUGAUACGUGAGUUUGGCGAAGAAGCUCUCAACUCGUUAGAAAAGACAGAUGAAGAAAAACAAAAAAUUAAGAGAAUGCUCACAGAUUUAUUUGUUAAUAAAGGAGAAGUGGUAUAUAUUAUUAAGGAUAUGUUGAAUGACCCUCGUAACACGGACAAUUCAUGGAUGGAGACGAAGGCCAUUAACUUCCAUGAUGAUGAUGGCACUGGGGUGGGAGCUUUCCAGUUACAUGCAGGUGAUGACGCCCAAGCAGUUCAGUGGAAGGACAUAGAUAGUGGUCUAGAACUUUACGCAAGCCAUAAAGAUUUCAUCAAAGAAACGGUCAAACGAAGAAAUGCCCACUGGGAUAGCAGUCCGGUUUAACAAAAAAUAUAAGCUAUACAUUUAUUGAAUUCCAUUUUUAGAUAUCAGACCAUGUGACCCCCACCUUACAGUUUAUUUUGGGCUGGUGGCAGUGCUCUAAGAGUUUUCCAUAUCGUUAUAUUGUUGUGAAACUUGUCAUAGUCUGCAAUAACAAAUCAAGUUCGCACAUAGAUAUUAAAAUUGUUAUCAUGAUUAUUAUUAUUUUAUAUAUAUUAUAGAACAUUUUUUAUGAAAAUAGAGUUUUAUUAUACAUAUAUAUUCAUGUUUAGAUUUCAAACCUACUCAAAAGCUUUUUGACUUCACAUGACUGUAAAAAAAUUCAAAAAUUUAUACAUUGUACUUCCAGAAUGAUAUUGAUUUAACAGUUGAAAUAAAGUGAUGUGGCAUUAUUGUUUUUUUAUACUAGAAUAGAAAUAUAAACAGGAUUAGGUGAAUGAAAGUUUCAAAUUUUGAACUAAAAACGCCAGCACUAAAAACUGGUUUUCAUCAGAAAAUUUGGUGAUUAUCGUUUGUAUGUAAAACAUAAUUAAUACAACAUUGUACUGUCCAUGAGUAAUGAUUAAUGUUAUUUUUUCUCUCUGAGUCUGAGUGACUGAUAAUCAAUUGAAGAAAUCACUAUAAAUGAUACACUUUAUCAUAUAUUUGUUUAUAUAUAUCAACAUU